AUGACUGUUCCCGCUAAUUGUUCUCGCAGGGGAAUUGGAAUCAUCAUUUUUGAGAAAGCAUCCACAAUCAUAAGGAUAUACUUAUGUCCAUUUGUUGACUUUGGCAAUGGUCCCAUUAAAUCUGCGUGGAUUCUUUGGAACGGUCUCCCCGCCGGUUCUAUUGGAUUAAUCGGUUCCCUACUCUGGUGUAAGCCUAUUAUUUUCCUUCUCUGACAAGAAUCGCAUUGCUUUAUAAAUUUGUUUACAUCUUCUGCCAUUCCUUCCCAAAACAUCAAUCUCUUUAUUUUCUCCAAAGUCCUCUUUUCUCCCAAAUGUCCUCCUUGAAGUAUAUCACUGUGGUACUCUUUCAUCACU